CACAUUACACAAUACACAGCAAGACCAAACUCCUGGUGUUUCCCGGGGGGCACAACAGUUCAGGAAUUCGUCCAGGAGGACAACGUCGCCCCCCAGUUCUGCCCGGCCUGUUGGGUCGUCCUCUGGGACAACUUCCUGAACUGUUUUGCCCCCCUAUUCUGCCCCCCUAUUCUGCCCGGCCUGUUGGGUCGUCCUCUGGGACAACUUCCUGAACUGUUUUGCCCCCCUAUUCUGCCCGGCCUGUUGGGUCGUCCUCUGGGACAACUUCCUGAACUGUUUUGCCCCCCUAUUCUGCCCGGCCUGUUGGGGAUUGCCUCCGAGACGACCUCCUGAACUGUUGUUUCCCCCUAUUCUGCCCGGCCUGUUGGGUCGUCCUCCGGGACGACCUCCUGAACUGUUUUGCCCCCCUAUUCUGCCCGGACUGUUGGGGAUUGCCUAUGAGACGACCUCCUGAACUGUUGUGCCCCCCUAUUCUGCCCGGACUGUUGGGGAUUGCCUCCGGGACGACCUCCUGAACUGUUUUGCCCCCCUAUUCUGCCCGGCCUGUUGGCUCGUCCUCCGGGUCGGCCCUCUGAACUGUUUUGCCCUCCCGCCCUGCUCUGCCUGUUGGGUCGUCCCCCUGAACUUUACGCCCCCCUUCUCUGUUCUCAGGCCGCCAGCCUGAGCGUUCCCUGUCUGGCCCCCCUCUCUGCUACCUGGACUGUCUGGCUUUUGUUUACAUGGCCGUCCUCCUGUCCUCCCUCCCUCCCUUUAGUCCUGUCUUCUGUUCUGUUGAGUUUAGUUCUCUGUGAGUUUAUUUAUUGGUCAGUUCAGUAUCUGUUAUUUAGUCUGUGUUUGGUUCCAUGUCUUAGUUCUUACUUAUGUGUCUUAGUUCAUGUUUUAGUGUUUACUCCUGGUCUGUGUACUCUGUGUACUCUGUGUAGUGUUUGUGGUUAUCUUGUGUUCUGGUCUUAGUUCAGUCCGUUUCCCUGCUAAGUUUGUAGUCUAUCUGUAUGAUUAGUUUUUAGUCUGUUCUGUGUUCCAGUUUGUUUCUUCUUGUGUCAGUUGCCAGUGCCUUGUGUUCAGUAACAUGUUUUAUGUCUGUUCUCCCAGUAAUUCCUCUGCAUGCCUGUCUCUCUGUUGUCUCUAUGCCUGCCUGUCUCGUUAGUCCUGAUCCCUCUCACCUGUGUUGCUCCCGCCUGCUCGUUAGUUCCUGGUGUAUAUGUGUUUGGUGUUUCUGUUCAGUCCCCGUCCGGUCCGGCCAGCUUGUCGUGCUCUGUCUCAGUUAUUAUCGUGUGUAGUUGUGUUCUGUGUCCUGCCCUGCCUCAUUUGGAUCGUACUUUGUUGGAUUAUUCUGUUGGAUUACUGUGUUCCUUUUGGAUCGUUUAUCUUGGUUUCUUUGGACUCAGCCACUCAACUAACUCGAACACGUCGAACCAACUGUGGUCUGUGGAGAACACUGUUUCUAACCUGACUGAAUCCAUGAGCGCAGUGCAGCAGCUCACCAAAGAUGCAGCCAAAGACGUUCACCGCCUGAAGUUCGCUGUGGAGAGCAACAAGGACCAGCUGACCUCAGUGUCGGAGGAGUUGAAGCAGCUGUCAGCUCUGGACUCCAUCAGGAGGUCGGUCGCGAUGCUCAAAUGUUCCCUCGAACGCAUCAUCCACAACAGUUCAGUGGUGGACGGCUGUUGUCCUCUGGAGUGGGAUAUUUUUGGCACCAGCUGUUAUUUCUUCAGUCAGACAACUUUGUCCUGGGACAAAGCCAGAGACUGGUGCAGUGCACAUGGCUCCCAUCUGGUCAUACUCAACAGCGACGAUGAGUGGGCCUUUGUGACCCGCCACACCCUGGGCAUCUUCUACUGGGUGGGUCUGACCGAUGAGAGGACGGGAAGGUGGGAGUGGGUCAACCAGACGCCGUACAUCAUGAACCGGAGGCGAUGGGCUCCCGGUCAGCCCGACAACUGGAACGGUCACGGCCUGGGCCCUGGUGGCGAAGACUGUGCUCACCUGUUCCCCGAUGGUCGCCUCAACGACCAGCACUGCUCCAUCAAGAUGCGCUUUGUCUGCCAGAAACACAGCCUUCGUGUCUAGACCCACACGGCGUUCACCCUGCUGUACAUCGUAACCGGAGCACCACAAACUGAUCAGCUCUGACCCUCAUCAGUUAAAAACAAGAACAGAACAGUGGAAGGUGAACAGCCGGAUUAUUCCUAACCCAUUAUAGAAAUUAUGAUUCUACAAAACCGUUGUAAAUCAACCCCUUUUUAUUUUCUAGUUGACAGUUUUUUAAACUGUAUUUUUUUUUAAAUAUUUCCCUUCUGCAUGUUGCUUUUCUGUAAAGGUUGAGUUGCCCUGUUGUUGAAAUGUGCCAAAGAAAUAAACCCGCCUUGCCUCUUGCUGUUAUAUGUGCUGACAGACUGGAUAACGUCUCUGAUGAGCUAACAAUAGAAACUCAGAAGACAAAAUAAAAACAAUACAUUUGUCUGCUCAGCUACAUAUCCCACAGGAAGCAUUUCAAUAUAAGAGCGUUAAGCCUGAUUUUGCUGAUUUGUUCAUCAGUGUGUGCUUUUUGUGCUUCUAUGAUUAAACAGGCUAUGUAGGUA